AUGGAGGACAUCCUCGAAGUGGUUCGUCGUGCGCAGGAGAAAAGGCGCGUUGCCGAGACCCGCGUGAACGCACGGAGCAGCCGAUCCCACAGCAUAUUCACGAUGAAGGUGCGAUGCCAGAGGCGAGUGGCAGGGGGCGAGUUGGAGAACCAGGGCAAGCUGCACCUCGUGGAUUUGGCCGGCAGCGAAUGCGCAAAGAAGGGUGGCUUCAUCUACCCAGAGGAUACCUCCCAAGCUGCUCGGCUCCUAGCAGGGCAGGAAGAGGAGCGUGAGCGCCGCUCCAUCAAUCAGAGCUUGCUGACGCUGGGCCGUGUCAUCACCGCACUGCGAGAGGGCUCCGGUCGGGUGCCGUAUCGAGAUUCGAAAUUGACCCGUCUUCUGCAAGAUGCCCUGGGCGGGCGCUGCAAGACGGUCAUCAUUGCGACCAUUUCGCCGGCCUUGGCAGCGGUCGAGGAGACCAUCUCUGCCCUCAGCUAUGCAGAACAAGCCGCCGGCAUCAAGAACCG